AUGUCUGGCCUCCCUACAGCAACCACCAUCGCUGCCACGGUGGGCAUUCUAGGAGCAGCAUGGAACUCAGGCGGCCAAGCCAUGCUCUCUAUCCUCGCCGUCCCUGGCCUCCUAUCGUUCUCCACCUCCUCUACCACCAGCCCCAUCAGCACACAGGCCCUUGCACAGCAGUGGGCAGGCAUCUACAACAGAGGCAAAGUCCUCGGCCCCCAAGCCGCCGCGCUCUCGCUGCUAGGCUACGGCUACCUCGCCUACGCGCAGCACAGGUCACGCGGCAGCGGCUGGCAGCUGUUCGUGGGCGCGGCGGCGCUCACCGUGGGUAUCGUGCCGUUCACCUUGGUCUUUAUGGAUGCGACGAACCAGGUGCUGCUUGAGGUCGCCAGUGGUGCGGCCACGGUGGGAAGUGAGGCACUUGAGGGGUUAUUGUUGCGGUGGAAGGACCUGAACUUGGUGAGGUCGUUCUUCCCGCUGGCUGGUGCAGUGGUUGGACUCUGGGGCUUGUUGGGGUGA